GAGCGCCAUGGCGGUGCAGGCGGGCGGCCGGGGCCGGGGCGCCGCGCUGCUGCUCCUCGUCUGGCUCGCGCGCCGCCCGCCCGCCGGGGCCGCCUGGCUGCUGGGGCUGCGGCCCGAGGACACGGCCCCGGGCCGGGUCUCGCUGGAGGCCGGCGCGCUGGGGGCGGUGGAGGGGGCCAGCUUCCUGCUGCGCGUCUUCUUCCAGCCGCCGCCCGAGGCGAACCGCAGCCGCGCGCCCCGCCUGGCCUUCGUCGAGGAGCCGCCGCCGGCGGGAGCGGGCCCGGCGCCCGGGGAGCGCUGCCCGCCGCAGAGCGCCGGGGCCUCGGACGUGGAGGUGCUGGGCCCGCUGCAGCCGGGCGGCUCGGCCGGCUCCGCCCUGGUGCGGGUGCGGGUGCGGGCGCCGCGCAAGGGGGAGCCCGGGGCCGGCCCGCGGGGGCGGCUCUUCUCGCUCUGCGCCUGGGACGGGCGCGCCUGGCAGCACCACGGCGCGGCGGGCGGCUUCCUGCUGCGGGUGCGGCCGGCGGCGCGGGAGCCCUGGCUGCUCGGGCCGCUGCCGGAGGCGGGCUGGCUGCGGGCCCUGGGGGCGCUGCUGCUGCUGGGGCUGUCGGCGCUGUUCAGCGGCCUGCGCCUGGCGCUGCUGGCGCUGGACCCGCUGGAGCUCCGCGUGCUGCGCAACAGCGGCUCGGCCGCGGAGCAGGAGCAGGCGCGCCGCGUCCAGGCCGUGCGGGGCCACGGCGGCACCUACCUGCUCUGCACCCUGCUGCUAGGCCAGGCCGGGGCCAACGCGGCGCUGGCCGGCUGGCUGUGCGCAUCCCUGCCCGGCCAGGGCCCGGCGCUGGCCGGCUGCGUGCGGGGCGUCCCCUGGCUGCCCGUGCUGCUCUGCACCGGGGCCGUGUUCCUGGGCGGCGAGGUGCUGCCCUACUCGGUGUGUUCCCGGCACGGGCUGGCCAUCGCCUCGCACACGCUCUGCCUCACCCGCCUGCUGAUGGCCGCCGCCUUCCCCCUCUGCUACCCGCUGAGCCGCCUGCUGGACUGGGCGCUGCGCCAGGAGCUCAGCACCUUCUCCACCCGCGAGCGCCUGCUGGAGACGCUGCGCGCCGCCGACCCGCACAGCGACCUGGUGCGGGAGGAGCUGGCCAUGGUGCAGGGCGCGCUGGAGCUGCGCACCAAGGUGGUGGAGGACGUGCUCACCCCCCUGGCCGACUGCUUUUUGCUGCGCUCCGACGCCGUGCUGGACUUCGCCACCGUCUCCGAGAUCCUGCGCUCCGGCUACACCCGCAUCCCGGUCUACGAGGGCGACCGGCGGGACAACAUCGUGGACCUGCUCUUCGUCAAAGACCUGGCCUUCGUGGACCCGGACGACUGCACCCCGCUGCAGACCGUCACCCGCUUCUACCGCCGGCCGCUGCACUGGGUCUUCAGCGACAGCCGCCUGGACACGCUGCUGGAGGAGUUCAAGAAGGGUAAAUCGCACCUGGCCAUCGUGCAGCGAGUGAACAACGAAGGGGAAGGAGACCCGUUCUAUGAGGUGAUGGGGAUCGUCACGCUGGAGGAUGUCAUUGAAGAGAUCAUCAAGUCCGAGAUCCUGGAUGAGACAGACCUUUACACAGACAACCGAAAGAAGGAGAGGGCGCUGCACCAAGGCAGGAAGCCACACGACUUCUCCAUCUUCAGGCUCUCAGACAGUGAGAUGAAGGUGAAGAUCUCCCCUCAGCUGCUGCUGGCCGUGCACCGCUUCAUGGCAUCAGAAAUCGAACCCUUCAAAUCUCCCUGCCUCUCGGAGAAGAUCCUGCUGAGGCUCCUCAAACACCCCAACGUCAUCCAGGAGCUGAAGUACAACCAUAAAAACAAGCGGGCCAUGGAGCACUGUCUCUACCAGUGCAACCGGCCAGUGGAUUACUUCGUCCUCAUCCUGCAGGGCAAAGUGGAAGUGGAGAUUGGCAAGGAAGGGCUGCGGUUUGAGAACGGAGCGUUCACCUACUAUGGCGUCCCAGCCAUCACGGCUGUCGUCUGCUCAGAUAACGAUGUGCAGAAAGUGAGCAGCCUGGCCGGAUCCUCCUUCCUGUUAAACCGAUCACCAUCUCGCUGCAGCGGGCUGAAUCGCUCUGAAUCCCCAAACCGGGAACGCAACGACUGCGGGGGCAGCAACACCCAGCUGUACAGCAGCAGCAUCUACACGCCCGACUACUCCGUGCACAUCCUCUGCGACGUGCAGUUUGUCAAGAUCACCCGGCAGCAGUACCAGAAUGCACUGGCAGCCAGCCGCAUGGACAGCUCACCCCAGUCCCCCGACAUGGAGGCGUUCAAUGACGGCAGCUCCACCAAGGCCCCGACGGCCUGGGGGACCCCACAGACCCCGAAGGAGGACCCUACCCCUACCCUCCUGAACGAGAGGAACAGCAUUGUUUGCAGCCGGUCGGAUGGGCUCCAGAGCCCCAGCGACUCCAUGUUCCUCCACGUGGAGGGAAUCCCCUUCAUCAGGGAGGAGCUGGCAAACAACGAGGAGAACAGCAAGCAGCAGGCCAGCGAAUGCUGUCACAUCGCCCUGGAGCAGGCAAGCCCGAACAGAGAGACAGCGAGUGGCACGUCCCCAAGCGGCACCGAGGAGACCCUGGGCAAGAAGCUGCUGAGGACACUGAGUCUUCAGCCUGAGCGCGUCCUGCAGGGGGUCAUGUGCGACAGGAGCGGGUCUGCACGCCGCUGCCUGCCCACCCAACACCUGCCCUCCCUCCAGGACAUGCGCAGAGCCCCAGGCAAGAAGAGCAAGGCCCCCGGGUGGGACUGAAGCAGAGGUGGCAGCCCUGGACUUGCCAGGAAGUCAGGGCACGUGGCCGGCGGCUGCCCGGCGUUCCAUCUCAAAGAGGAGAAGAGGAAGAAGCAGCAGUGCCUGGGGCGUGGUUCCCCUGCCGCGAGAAGCAGGAAGGGGUGGCCCAGAGCAUCAUUUAAUACUUUACAGCAGCUCCCAGCCCCUUCUGAAUCAGGGCCCCAUAGCGCUGGGCACUGCAGCCAUAACGAGACGUGGCUCCUGCCCUAAGGAGUGCCAUGCUCCAGGCAGUGCCUGUCCCCUCCCACCACACCCAGUGCGACACUCAGGAGGCUGCUGCACAUGUGUGCAGUGACAGUCAAAACCUGCCCUUGCACUUCAGCCUGGCCCCUGGGAGCACUGAACUGCCCAUCCCACAGACACUGUCUCAACCCAGGCACUGGCCAGUUGUGGGCCUCAGGCCCCGCCCAGCGCUGAGUGUAUCUGUCCCCUUCCCCCCAGGAAAGAGAAGCUCAGAGCUGUGCUUCAGCCACCAUGGCCCUGUGAGAGGCCUCAGCUCAGAGCCAGGUGUUGACAUCAGAAGUUUUAAAUCGCUGCUAUGGAGGCUGAACGCAAUGUACUUUACAUUAAAAGCCAUCCCUCCCUGAGCA